UUAUUGAUAAAGACGUUUAUUUGUGUAUCAAGCUAGAAAAAAAGCCAUUUUAAUUGAGGAAAAAGCAGCAGAAAGUGAAUUUUACAAACGUGCCGUUUAAUUGUUUUCAAUACGCUGCACGGAAUAUAAAGAAAAAAAACUUAAAAGUUUAUCGCACACACGCAAAAUAAACAAUGGGAACAAAAAUGAUUAACCUUCAAAAAUUAUAGCCCCAUUUUGUUAAAGCAACUACAAAUUUGUACUUUGGGCAUUCUGUUACCGCAACUAAAGGAGCCACAAAACAAGAUUAAUUAAAUAUUAAAUCUAAAGCAAUAACAAACUAAAACUACAACUUAAGUAACAAUAUAAUUUUUCCAUUGACCUCUUGCAUACAACAAUAAUUUGUUCGAGAUAAAGGCAAAAUAUAAAAAGUUUUUAGUUCUUUGUUGCUGUACAGCUGGAGAAGUGAAAAAACCUCAUAAAUUACAAGAAAAACCUACCCCGAAGAAUUGAUUUUACUUUCUUUUCCCCUACAUUUCAUCAAAUUUGAAUUCAUUGUACACUGACUGGGUGUUGCUGGGUCCAAAAAGAAAAUUACAAAGUAAAGCCAUAGAUAGAUCAACGUGAUUAAAUUUUAUUUGAUUUUCCAAACAAUUUCCUAAAUUCUAAGGUAAGGUGGUAAACAAUAAUGAAACGUGUCAGUAAUUCUUCCCAUCUCAUUUUGAGUUGAAUUUUGAAUAGAAAGUAACAAACCAGUUAUAACAGCCAGCAAAUUAUACUAAUUACACGCUUCUCACUUUCUUCGAUCUCUCAUCUAUUUAGGUUGAAUUUGUCCCUUUUUGUUUUGUUUUUCUAACUGUACUUAUUUUAGCGACAAUCAAGAUGCAGCGUUGGUCAUAUCCUAAUGAUGAAUCGGCAGAGGCAUGUGAUGUCAUGUUGGCUCCUCCUUCGAAUGCACGUACCUCCAGCACUUCGUGCUCGUUUCCGGAACGAGUAUGGAAUUUCAAGGUUCUUAUGAAUCAGGAUCUGAUGACUCAUGAAAAAUUGGCGUUGGUGGGCAAUUGUGAAUCUUUGGGCAACUGGCAGCUGAGUGGCUGUGUCCUCAUGACCAAGGAUGAGGAUUCAAAUGUAUGGAGUGUGCAGGUAGCAAUACCACGAGAUCGCACAACGGAAUAUCGGUAUUUGGUCUGUGCUAUCGAACCCACCACCGAGAAACCUUUGGUUCGACGCUGGGAAACCCAUCUUGAAGCUAGACAAAUACCAGAGUUGGCCGAAGAAUGCGAUACAGCCAGUGCAGAUGUCUUUGGAGUGGUGGAUGGCUGCGAGAGAGUGGAUCGUGGUUGGUUGACUUCUGAAACAAUAGUUCAGUUGAAAUUCUUUAAUGCUCCUUUUUCCUGGAAACAACGCAUGAAACGUCGUUUGAUGCAUGUCAAGGUGACACCCAUGAAUUUGCGCAUACCUAGUGGCGGAGACAACCUGCAGGCGGGUUCGAACUGUACCAUAUCGCCACUGGAAGAUUCCUUGUCUAAUGAUACCCACGACACCCGAGAAAACGGAGGUGAUGGCGGAACUGCAUUUGCCUUUUCCGAAGUGACUGCUUUAAAGCCCGAAGAUAGUGUUAUCAGGCCUCAACCCCAGUUUGGCACUGCUUGUGGCCCCGACGAACUAGUCAUAUUUCAUUUGACCAUAAGUGACUUUGAGAACACAGCUUAUCUGAUCGAUUUAUAUACAUAUUCUUCAAGAGCGGAUCCCGAUGAGCCACCCCAUCAUUUGGGUUAUCAUUAUGUUUUGCCAAAUUUAUUUAAAAUGUCGGAAGGUCGCUUGGAAGUGCCUAUAACCUGUGCUUCACGUCACCGCCCCUUGGGUAUGAUGCAAAUGGGUUAUUUGAUUGUCAAACCAGUACCCUCUCUUAGCAUGGACAUGUCCAUCACUUAUUCGCGCUACUGGAAUCAUAAAUGGAAGGGUUUAGAUGUGGGACAUCGUGGUUCGGGCACCUCUUUCAAAGCCAAUGAUACCUUAAUUAGAGAAAACACUAUAACAUCUUUGAAAAAUGCCGCCGAACAUGGCGCCGAUAUGGUGGAGUUUGAUGUACAACUAAGCAAGGAUUUAGUACCGGUAGUCUAUCACGAUUUCAUGAUUUAUGUUUCUCUAAAGUCGAAAAAUACCAUGCAAGAACAUGAUUUCUUGGCCUUGCCCAUGCGUGAGUUGACACUGGAGCAAUUGAAGAAUCUUCAUGUCUUUCACACGGCCGAGGGCCAAUCGCGAGCACAGCGCUCUUUUCACAAUGAUGAUUUGCAGGAGCAUCAACCAUUUCCCCAGUUGGCCGAUGUACUUGAUGCCAUUGAUACUCAUGUGGGCUUUAAUAUUGAAGUUAAAUGGUCGCAACGUUAUCAGGACGGCACCAUGGAGGAGGAGUUUGAACAUGUUGUAGAUCGUAAUUUAUACGUCGAUUGCAUUCUAGAUGUGGUUUUUCGCAAGGCCGGCAAUAGGCGCAUCGUUUUCAGUUGUUUCGAUUCAGAUAUUUGUACAAUGUUGCGUUUUAAGCAAAAUCGUUAUCCGGUCAUGUUCCUGACUUUGGGUCAAACGGAAAAAUAUAAAAAAUAUUUGGAUCCUCGAGGAAAUAAUAUUGAAACGGCGGUAUUCAAUUCAUUGGCCAUGGAACUGUUGGGCAUAGUAGCUCACACUGAAGAUUUACUAAGAGAUCCAUCACAAGUAAAUUUAGCUAAAAGUCGUGGUUUAGUUGUGUUUUGUUGGGGUGAUGACAACAAUUGUAAAGACACUAUAAAAAUGUUAAAAGAUCUGGGUCUACAUGCCAUUAUAUACGAUAAAAUGGAUGUAUUGAUACCUAAAGAAGUGAAGCAAAGUGUCUUUUUACUACAAGCCAAUGGUGGUCAGCGUGAUUUAUUAAAAUUACAAGCAUUAGAGAUGGGAAAAAUGUGGCAUUCACCAUCCACCUCAUCCUCGAAUACAACAUAAAUACUGUUAUUUAAUACUUAUAUUCCAUAUAAAACAAAGAAAUUCAAUAACAACAAUUAUAGCAUUAAUUUUCCUAAAUUUUUUUAAUAGCCUGAUUUUAUUGUAAGCUUUUUUUAGAACCAUUUAUUCAUGUUUUUUUAUUUGCAAAUUUCUUUCAUUUGUUUAUUUCUUUUUUAAUACAAUAUAUUAAUAAUAGUUUGUCUAAUUUAUAUACGUAAAUCUUAAAAGAAGGGAAAUAUAUUUAAUACUCUUACAAAAAAGCAAAAAUAUGAACAACUUAUAUGUAUGUAAAAUAAGAAAUUUACUGAUUGCCUUUAUUUCAAAAAACAAAAAAAAAAAUACAUAAAGAUUUAUCUAAUAUUUUAUACAUAUUAAUAAAUUUAUUUAAUACAAUCAAAA